AUGGCGCCGAGAAUUCUUGUUGGAUCAGGGACCUGGGGUCACAACUUCAGCAUCGACCAAGUUCGCGAGCAGCUCACGAGCGUCGAAAAGCUGGGUUGGAAGGAGAUAGAUACAGCAGCCGUGUAUCCCUUCACCAACCCGAAUAUCGCAGAAAAAUUCAUUGGCGAGAUUGGCCACGAUGGCUUCGUUAUCGACACGAAGGUAAUGUGGUUUGACGGCGGGAAAAAUACGUUGACGAAUGAUGCGAUACAUAAGUCAAUCGACGAGAGUUUGGCGCGCUUGAAGACAGACAAGGUUAAUAUUUAUUACAUAUUGGGCCCGGAUCAUGUAACCCCUUUGGAAGAAUCAGCCGCGGCCUUGGACGCCGUGUACCGGCAGGGGAAAUUCGCGAAGCUAGGCAUUUGCAACUUCUCGCCGGAAAUGUUCGGAGAAUAUGUGAAUAUCUGCGAGAAGAAGGGAUAUGUGAAGCCAAGCGUAUUUCAGGGGCAGUACAAUCUUCUCUGUCGCACUUACGAGAAGACCUUAUUCCCUUUCCUCCGCAAGCAUGGUGUUUCCUUCGUCGCGUUCUCCGCCAUCGCUGGCGGAAUGUUAACCGGCAAAGUGACGCUUACAAACAAUGAUCCCGAAUCUCUCAAGGGGACGCGUUUCGAAGUUUCGAAAGACAAUAUCAUGGGUAUGGCUGGUAGAAUGUGGUACGACAAGCCAUGUUUCCACGAAGCGAUUCGCAAAUUGGCGGAAAUGUGCAAGGUUCAUGGGAUCGAUAUCGCCGAUGCCAGCAUGCGGUGGGUGCUGAACCAUUCGAUCUUGGACGGAGCUAAGGGUGAUGGCGUCAUCCUUGGACCUCGCAAUCAAAAACAAAUUGAUGCAUAUGAUGCUUCAAUUCGGGCGGGGCCUCUUCCGGCGGAAUUGAUCGAGGGCAUAAAUGGUCUCUGGGCAAGCAUAGAAGAAGAGGCUGCGUCAAUCCUCGUGUAUUAG